AUGUUAUACCACGUCACUGCUCAUAAACCAGACUCGGUGUCUUCUGCCAUUCGAGCAAAUUUCACUAGUGCAAGUGAUAUCAAUCUGAUUGUCAGAAUGACGGACGAGUUUUCUACCAAUAUCGACUCAAAUCCCACUGUUCGUAAAUCACUUCGUCUUAUUACAGAUGUUCCCAUCUAUGGUCGUAUAGCCUGCAUUCAUGCAUUUCGUCCAGAGCAUCGUGAUACAGAUUUGAUUUUUGUUAGCACUGAGAGAGGAAGCGUUAUUGUUCUUUCAUUUGAUCAGCAAACACAAAGACUUGUUCCUGAAGCUACUGGCGAUUUUAAUGAUCCGUCGUCUCGUUUGGCUGAUCCAGGACAGAUUGGGUUGGUUGAUCCUCAAAAUCGAAUGAUUGGAUUACAUAUCCAUCAAGGCAAUUUCAAAAUCAUUCCCAUGUUUCAUUCUCAGAUUUCCUUAUCCAGCUGGAAUUUACUUGUCAAUUCAAGCCAAUCUAUUAAAGGAAAAGGUGUUGCUCGACCACCACACCCUACUCUGGCCGUGCUUCAUAUGGAUUCAAAGGAAUCUAGAUACGUUACCCAGUACGAAGUCGUUAUUAAAGAAAAGGCGCUCGUAUUAAAAAGUGCUGCUACAAAGGUUGAAAAUGGCUCUUCUUUACUAAUUCCUGUCCCUCUUGCUGCAGGAGGAGUACUUGUUGUAGGAGAACAGUCCAUUGCUCUACAUUCCCCGUCGCUUCAAAAACCUAUUAUGCUGUCAAUUAAGGCAACAUUGAUCAAAUGCUUCAAUCAAGUCGAUGUUGGAUUCCGUUAUCUACUUGGCGACUAUGAAGGACAAUUGUAUAUUCUUGCAAUCAUUUUUGCAAAUGGCACUGCGCGAGAACUUAAAAUGACUCCAGUGGGCCAGACUGUUCAAGCUUCAAGUUUGACAUAUCUCACAGAUGGAUACCUUUUUGUUGCCUCGCAUUUUGGCGACUCGGAGCUAUAUCUAAUUGUACCGGAAGAUGCAAAUACUGGAAAUGUAUUGACCCUGUGUAAAACCUUUUCUAAUUUAGCACCCAUCAGCGACUUUUGUGUAGUGGAUAUUGAAAAGCAAGGACAGGCUCAGAUAGUUGCAUGCAGUGGUGCUCAACGAGAUGGCUCAAUUCGAAUCAUUCGAAAUGGCAUUGGAGUAGAAGAAAUUGGACAGUUGGAUGAUAUGGAAGAAUUGACUGGCGUAUGGGCAUUAAAGCCGUAUAGUGCUGCACGUCACGAUAAUGUUUUGGUUCUUUCAUUUAUUGGAGAAACAAGGCUGCAAAAGUUGGAUGGCGAUUCAAUGGCUGAGAUGGAUAUGCUGGGCAAUUUCAAGACUGCCGAGCGGACUUUAUGGUGUCAAAAUCUUUCAUCUGACAUGGUUGUUCAGAUUACUUCACAAAGCAUUACGAUCUUGACCAUUGAAGGAUGGACGACUGUUGCUGAAUGGUGUUUUGAUUUAGGAGCAAGUGUUACACACGCCAGUGUUUACCAAAACAUGAUUUUGGUUUCACUUGGUGGAGGCAUGAUUCACUUGUUUGAAUUCAACGAUCGAGAGCUUGUUAUGAAAAGGUCUAUUCAAAUCCAAGUUGAAGUAUCAUGUCUUCAUAUUUGCAAAAUGGAGGAGUUGAACGUCUGUCUUUGUGCUGUUGGAUGCUGGGAGGAUAACAGCGUCCGUCUUUUGAAAAUUCCAGAUCUUUCUGAAAUUCAAAAAGAAAUUCUUCCAGGAGACACCAUUCCUCGUUCAAUUUUGCUUGUAGAGUUUGAUAACUUGCCUUAUCUGCUGGUUUCGCUUGGUGAUGGUCAACUUUUUAAUUUCCGUAUUGGAAAGUCCCUGAAACUAGCUGAUCGCAAAAAAAUUACCCUUGCAACUCAGCCAAUUACUCUUCGCACAUUUCAGUCGCAUGGCAGAACCCAUGUUUUUGCUGCUUCUGAUCGCCCCACUGUCAUUUUUGUAAAAUCGGGGCAGCUACUUUACUCGAACGUGAAUGUUCGUGAGAUUUCGCAUGUAUCUCCCUUUAAUAGUCAUAUGGCGGAAGGUGCUCUUGCAUUUGCAUCUGAUGGUGCGCUCAAGAUUGGCACUAUUGAAACGGUACAAAAAUUACACAUCAAAACCAUCAAGCUUGGUGAAACUCCGCGGCGGAUUGCCUAUCAUGAUGUAAGCCAUACAUUUGGGGUUCUUACCGUGUUUUCUCGCAAUUUGCCAAACGGAGAUUUGGCAGAUAUUUCGUGCCUACGGCUUCUUGAUGGGCAAGGAUAUGAAGUUCUCGACAGUAUUGAGUUGCAGCCGUUUGAAAUUGCGUCUAGCUUGAUUACUAUUCGAUUUACAGAUGAUGAUACGCUAUAUUAUACAGUUGGUACAGGAUUUGCCUUUCCUCACGAAGACGAGCCAGUUCGUGGUCGAAUUUUGGUGUUCAAGGUGAACGAUAUGAGGCUGCUUCAGCUGGUGCACGAGUAUGAUAUUCGAGGCUCAGCAUACAGUUUUGUUUCUGUCCACGGUCGAUUGGUUGCAGGUGUCAAUAGUAAUGUUAUGGUUUUACGCUGGAACUCGGAUACAUCUUUAUUGGAACUACAGUCCAUGAAUCACGGGCAUGUUUUAGCACUUUCAUUGGCAGUUCGUGGUGACUUUAUUUUAGUGGCAGAUCUCAUCAAAUCUAUCACUCUUUUGCAAUUUGAUUUGGCAACAGACAGUUUAAAGGAGCUUGCGUACGAUGCAGACAGCAAUUGGAUGACUGCUGCUGAGCUGAUUGAUGAUGAUACGUUUCUUGGUGCUGAUAGCAGCAUGAAUAUCUUUGCAUUAAGCAAGCAGGGCGACCAAGUGUCUGAAGAAGAAAGACAGCGAUUGCGACCCAAGGGAUGGUUUCAUACUGGUGAGCUUAUCAAUCGAUUUAGAAAAGGAUCAUUGACGUUACAUGCUACAGAUGAGACUCUUGCACUUCCUGCCAUACCGGAAAUUCUUUAUUGUACUGUGCACGGCGCUAUUGGGGUAGUAGCACGGAUUCCAUCUGAUGAAACUGCCAAAAUUUUAUCAACGUUGCAAGAAGCGUUAAAAAGUGUUGUACAAGGAGUCGGCGGUUUAAUUCACUCAGACUGGAGGAGAUAUCGCACAGAGCGUCGAUCCAUUAAGAGUGCUGGAAUUAUUGACGGUGAUUUGAUUGAAUCGUUUCUUGAACUUGACCGUAGUAUGCAGGACCAUGUUUUUACACAAGUUGCUACUCAGGUUGCCGGAUCGACUCCAGUUACAUUAGAGACUCUUACAAAAAUGGUCGAAGACUUGACUCGAAUCCAUUAG